AACAGAGCAUUACGCAGAGUCGCAAGAACUAUAAUUCUUAGUUUCCGCGCAAUAAAUCAAUAGGAAGGCCAUCCCUUCACCGCAUGUGUUUAGUAUUCAGGCUGGGACUCUUACUCUGCUCUUUAUUUGCCUCGGUUAUUGUUGGAUGCUUCCCGACGUUUGCUAUCUGAUUUUUAUCUCUUCCCUGUUUUGCAGGUGUGUCAGUUUUAAUUCUGCCCAGUAGGUGGGACUUCAUGCUCGGAACAUCAGACUUCUUUUUUUCUCGUUGUUUUUAAUGCAAUCCCUGUAAGUCCUAGAGAUGCGUGCGAGCGAAGUGGAAUUCUGAAGCGAAGAGCAGCAGAAUAUAUGACACGCCAUGCAGUCUAGUGCCGAAGACACGCCGGGAGUACUCAGAGUUCAGCGCCAUCGUCUCUAACGGAGUAUUUUUCAUUUUUCUUUUUUUUUUUUAAAAUCAGCCUUUGUGUACUGCGAGAUACUGGGACACGACACGCGCACACACACACACACAUACAUAACACAUAUACAUCCAAACCCACGCUGACACACAUACACUGACUGUCGGCGGAAUCACUCACCAUGGAUCUAUCGUUCUCUACACCACCAAUUUGUUGGUGGAGGGUUUUGUUUCUCCUGAGCAUUUUCCAGGACUACCUGAGCUCUGUGCUGGACUGCCCGCCGACCUGCAGCUGCUCGUUAAUGGAGAUAUAUUGCAAUAGAUCCGACAGCGGGAAAUUGUUCCCUCUGCUUGAGGUGCAAGACCCGGGGAACAAUGGCAACAGCAGCACCAUUACCGAGCAGUUCAAGAACAUCAGCUCCAUACACAUUGAGAACUGGAGAGGCCUCCAGACACUGAACUCAGUGGACAUGGAGCUCUACACUGGACUGCAAAGACUCACCAUCAUAAACUCAGGCCUUCGAAGCAUACUGCCACGAGCCUUUGGCAAGAACCCACAUCUGCGUUACAUAAAUCUUUCCAGGAAUCCGCUGAGCACCCUGUCCUGGCAGCUCUUCCAGACGCUGCAACUCUCUGAGCUGAGGCUGGACAACAUCCUGUUCAACUGCAGCUGUGACAUUCGCUGGGUGCAGCUGUGGCAGCAGCGAGAGGAGGCCGGGCUGCACACCCAGCAGCUGCUCUGUAAGAAUGGGGAGUCGGAGGUGAUUCCACUCCAGGACAUGAACAUCACACUGUGUGACCUACCAGAAAUCAGUGUGAGCCACAGUAACCUGACGGUGAUGGAGGGGGAGCGCGUGGUGGUCACCUGUAACGGCUCGGGGUCCCCCUUACCCGACGUUGACUGGAUAGUUACGGGUCUUCACUCCAUAAACACACACCAGACCAACGUGAACUGGCCGAAUGUUCACUCCAUCAACCUGACUCUGUUCAAUGUCAGCUGGGAGGACAACAGCUUUCAGUUGACCUGCAUCGCAGAGAAUGUGGUGGGGAUAACCAACUCCACUGUGCUGCUGUCCGUUCAGUACCCCCCUCACAUCGUGAAGCUGGUGGAGCCUGAGCGCAGACACGAUACAUGUGUGGAAUUCAUUGUGCGUGGGAACCCUCCUCCAGAGCUGCGCUGGCUGCACAAUGGAGUGGAGAUCGGGGACAACGGAUACAUCUACACUGACAAGGGAGACUACCAGGACUACCAGGAGGGCUGUCUGAUCUUCAUAAACCCUACACACUACAACAACGGCAACUACACCCUGGAGGCAUGGAAUGGGCUGGGCUUCGUCAGCGACACGAUCUAUGCACACUUCCUGCACGCCCCCUUCGAGGAAACUGAAGAUCCCAUGUAUUCCGUUACCCCCACGCCUCCUGUGAGUGUAACUCACAAGCCAGAAGAGGACACUUUCGGGGUGUCGAUUGCAGUCGGCCUGGCUGGAUUCGCCUGUGUCCUUCUUGUGGUGCUCUUCAUCCUCAUCAACAAAUAUGGACGUCGCUCCAAGUUUGGAAUGAAAGGACCAGUGGCAGUCAUUAGCGGGGAGGAAGACUCAGCCAGCCCUCUUCAUCACGUUAAUCAUGGCAUCAUGGCUCCCUGCACACUGGACGCAGGGUCGGACGCUGUGGUCAUCGGAAUGACCCGCAUCCCUGUCAUUGAGAAUCCACAGUACUUCCGGCACGGGCACAACUGCACCAAGCCUGCCACCUACGUGCAGUACAUCAAGCGCAGAGACAUCGUGCUGAAGCGAGAGCUGGGGGAAGGGGCCUUUGGAAAGGUCUUCCUGGCAGAAUGCUACAACCUGUCCCCCACGAAGGAGAAGAUGUUAGUGGCUGUCAAGGUUCCUGGAGCCGCCUACUAUCAGCCAUUAAUUGAGAUGGGACCCCACUUUCCACAGACCCUGAAGGACCCGACGAUCUCUGCGCGGAAGGACUUCCAGCGGGAAGCCGAGCUCCUGACCAAUCUGCAGCAUGAACACAUAGUGAAGUUCUAUGGGGUGUGUGUGGACGGGGACCCCCUCAUCAUGGUGUUCGAGUACAUGAAGCACGGAGACCUCAACAAGUUCCUCAGAGCCCACGGGCCGGACGCAAUGAUCCUGGUGGAUGGGCAGGAUCACCAGGCUCAGGGGGAGCUGGGCUUGUCUCAGAUGCUGCACGUCGCCACGCAGAUCUCCACAGGAAUGGUGUACCUGGCCUCCCAGCACUUUGUCCACCGUGACUUGGCCACCAGAAACUGCCUGGUGGGCAACAACCUGCUGGUGAAGAUCGGGGACUUCGGCAUGUCCCGGGACAUCUACAGCACCGACUACUACAGGGUGGGGGGCCACACGAUGCUGCCAAUCCGCUGGAUGCCCCCAGAGAGCAUCAUGUACCGCAAGUUCACCACGGAGAGCGACGUGUGGAGUUUCGGAGUCAUCCUCUGGGAGAUUUUCACCUACGGGAAGCAGCCCUGGUUCCAACUCGCUAACAACGAGGUAAUCGAGUGCAUCACGCAAGGCCGGGUGCUAGAGAGGCCUCGGGUGUGCCCAAAGGAGGUUUACGACUUGAUGUUGGGGUGCUGGCAGAGGGAACCGCAGCAGCGACUAAACAUCAAGGACAUCCAGAAGAUCCUGUACGCAUUGGGCAAGGCCACGCCAGUGUACCUGGACAUCCUGGGCUAGAGGAGGCCUGCCUGCCUGCCUGCCUGCCUGCCUGCCUGCGUAAAACAAACCACGAUCCAGGAAUAACCAAACAACAAUAUGUACCUUACUCUACUACUCCACAGUCAAACAUCAAGAGAUGGGGAUGGACUUAAGUGCCUGCUACACCUUUCAAUACACUGGAUAACCUUUCUUUACACCAAGGGGAAUGCAGUUUGGGCUUUUGUUUACCUGCACAUGAAAUGUAUAGAACUCUACUCUGUAUGAAGAGGACUUUUUCCUUGCAAAUGACCUCCAUCAAAAGAAAACAAACAAAAAAAACAACUGGUCCAAUUUGGAAUUUAGACAAUAUAACAGAAGAGUUAACUCCCCACUGUUUUUAUUUUAUAGCUUUUUAUUUUAUUUAUUUAUUAUUCUUUUCCAUGUGUGGAUGUCCGCCAUAUUGGUUGCUAAGAGAGUGUCUCAAAUCGGAAACGGCAGCUUCCUGUUGGGAAAGCAGAGGAGCGGCAGGACUUCCUGCAGAAAGUCCUGCUCCCUGGAUAACUUUUUUGGUGCAGAAGAUGAUAUCCUGAGUGGAGGGGGGGGGGG